AUGAUGCAGUGGCCAGAUCAAGCAACACAGAACACAAUUGCACAGUCAUUUCAGAUCGCUAGUGGUUUUCCUGGGAUCAUUGGGGUGCUUGAUGGGACUCAUAUCAGACUAGCUGCAGCACUAGGAGGAGAUUCAGAUUACAUAAACCGGAAGGGUCAUCCUUCACUGCAAUUACAGAUUGUGGUGGACAAUAAACUAAUGAUAAUAAGUGCCCACGUUGGAUGGCCUGGAUGUUCACAUGAUGCAAGGGUUCUACGAAAUAGUACUCUCUUUACGAAAGGUGAAAAUGGACAGUUGAUGCCACCAGAUCUUCAUAUAAUUGCAGACUCUGCCUAUCCUCUGAGACCGUGGCUGAUAACACCGUUUAGAGACAAUGGAAACCUCAGAAAUCAGCAAAACCGUUUCAAUUCAGUUUUAUCAUCUUGCAGGCAGACAGUUGAACGAGCUAUCGGUCAUCUGAAAGGAAGCUUUAGAAGAUUGAGGGAAAUAUGCUUCCAUGACCCUGAAGUUAUAUGCGCUUUCAUUAUUGCAGGAUGUAUUUUGCACAAUCUGUGUGUUACACAUGAUGAAGACAUAGAGGAAUUUGUUGAUGUCCAACAAAACCAUCACCCCAACCGUUUCAACAACAUAUAUCCUAAUGCUCAAGGUGGUGUGCAAAAACGCCAACAGCUUAUGAACAACAGCUUAUGAACAACAGCUUAUGAACAUGCUUCCUUAAAGCAAAAUGAUCAUAUUCACUUUCACUAUCUGUUACACUUUAUCUGACUCUCGAUUUUCUUUCGAGUUCAUCAUUGUGUUACUUACUUGUUCAGCCAUUGUCUCAGAGUCAAGUCAUGUGAAUGUACGUUCUUACAGUGUGAUUGUACUAUGAUGCAAGUUGUUUACUAUGUGCAAUUCAAAAGAAUUAAAUUUUCCAUAUCGGCAAAAACAAUUGAAAGGAGUUUCAAACUAUCAUAUUUAUUCAUGAAAGAAAUAAUUCAAGAGAGUGGACAAUUCAAAAUAAUAAAUAAGUAUAGAAAUAAAACAAAAAUAUGCAACAAUCAAAUAAAGCUAUAACAGAUGUUACUUGACUACACAAAGUAGGCUUGACCAAGUAUGAAAAGUAUUAAAAAAAAAAAAAAAAUACAUAGUUCAGAACCAUCAAAAAAUUUAUAUUUGACUAGACUUGACUUAGUACCAAAUAGUAGAUAAGUGUCAAAUAACAAUUACACAACCAUCAAACAAAAAGGAAAAAAAAAAACAAAAAAAACACUGGUUGCUCCAUCAUAAUACAUAGUAUACAUAACGUAUAAAAAAUAAGAGGCUCGCUUACCUGAAAACAAUGAGCAAAUGUACUUUAAUAUGGAAUCUGUAGAUACUGUUUUUAAAUUACUUCACCUUUAUCAUUAUGCUUUGUGCAACCUUGGUUGAAUUCUAGAGAAGGAAGUGAAAAAUGUGAAAAGUUUACACACAGACGGACAAAUAGACGACAGACAACGGUGAUCAGGAAUAGCUAAAUUAGACGUUUGGUUCAGGUGAACUAAAAACAGAAGUAUACGAUCAUCAAAAUAAUAAAACAAAAGCACUAUGGCUAUUUGGCAAGGUCAGACCUGACUAAAUGCUAGAUAAAGGGGGAUUGAUGAUUUAGAUAAUGAAAUGGAGAAAUAUUGAUUAGAAAAAUUAGUACUUAUUUACACAUGGGGGAAAUAUUAAAUUAAGUUUUUAUGUCAUUUCUCAAACCCAAGAAUUUAUAUUGAAUGUAUAACCAUACAUAACAACUUUUUAAAUGUUGAACAUAUAUACAUUGUAAAUUGAUAAAUCAAAUGUCGAGGACCCUGCAAUCAAAUGUUCAAUAUUUUUUUAUUGACUUUGCGAACAGGUCAAGAAAUCUGUCAAA